ACCCUAAUCCCAAAUUGACAAAUUCUAAUUUGCAAUUUCUGGCUUAGGCCUGGUGCAGUGGCGACGAACGACGACUGUCUCUGGCGAGUGGAAAGUAGCGACGACCGACGUAGUGGCGACCGGCGGCAGGACUAAUGGCGGGGAAAGUAGUAAAGUCUGUAGCAAAAGCUGUUUCCGAGUACCAAUACCCGUUACAAGAUAAGUUGGCAAAAUACAAGAACGAGCUCUCAAAGGGAGUUUGGGGUUAUUGGGAACUUGGAGCAUGGAAACCUCUAGGCAUCAGUGCUCGUAGACGAGCCCAACUGCGCAAAGAAGUUCUACUUGCUGGACAAGAUUGGCCGUACGAUCCAGAAAGGAAGGAAAUGAGAAAGAAGCAGAAAGGGCAUAAGUGUGACAAAAUUGCAGCGGAGAAGCGCGCAAAGACAGCUGAACUAAUGCAGCAAAUGCCUAAAAUGUUGGCGGAUUAUAGGAAGAGAAGAUGGGAGAGAAAGAUGAAGGCUGAGGAGGAUGCUGCUAGAAAAGCAGUGCAAGAGUAAAAGCUCACAUCAUUUAUAGUUUGAAGAAAGAUGAAAUUGAAGCUUCAUUGAAUCACCAAUUGAGUUAAUUUGCUCUUUUUGGCAUCUUGUCAAGUGAUAAGGAAUUACUCCCUCCAUCCCAAAAAUAUUGUUUAUUUUGAUUGGAGACACAAAUUUAAGAGGUUUUGUAAAGUAGGAUAAUUUAAGAUAUGAUUUUCUAAAAUAAGAUUGUUUUAAAC